GCAGCUGAUACAAACAAAGUGUAGGAGGAUUUCCACCAGUCACUGCCAAUACGAGUGACUUAUAAACAGAGGAUUUCCACCAGCUACUGUCAACAGAAGCAGCUUAUGCACACAGUUAAUAGGGGAAUUCAUACCAACCACAGCUAAUAGAAACAUUUAAUUCAAACAGCUAAUAUAGUGGCAUUUGCUACCAAUCACCAGCCACUGCCUACAGAAACAAAACACAACUGACGUCAUCCCCAAUGACGUCAGAAAAUGAGGGCAAUAACGUGGUGGCCAUCUUGGCUUUCGUCUUGAGCUUUCUGAGCAUGUUUCUCAACUCUGUCCUCAUAUUUAUCAUCAUCCGCACGACCAUCUUGCACACGAACACCAACUUCUUCCUCAUGUCCCUGUCGCUGGGAGAGGUGCUGGUGGCUGUGUGUGUGACGCCAUUUGCAGGACUGGCGAAUAUAUCUCGCCAGCUUGUCUCGUCUGAGACGUUUUGCGCCAUCUCUGGAUUCGGCAAUUCUCUGGGAAGCACGGCUGCCUUUCUCAGCCUGUUGAUGGUGACCAUCGACAGGUGCGUGGCGAUAAGCCAACCGCUAAAAUACUCCAGCAUCAUCGGCAAAUGGACCGUCGCCACAAUGAUCUCAUACGCCUGGCUCCACAGUCUCUUUCUAACGACAUUUCCGUUUUUCCUCGAGUCCGUUUACGUGUUCGCGCCGAGGUAUUCAAUGUGUCUGGUUUUCACGGACGUGCAACCCACGUGUUCCUACGUCAUCGGAUUCCUCGGUUCUUUUCUGCCAGCAUUUGUUAUUCUGUGCACGGUUGUGAAAAUCAUCAAGGAAGCGAGGUAUCACCACAGAAUCUUUGCUGUCAUAGUUCCAAGUCACUUAUACGACGGAUCGUAUCAGCAGCAGAAUACAUCUUACGGGAGGACUACAAUGAAAGCCCUGAGAGCAUUACUCUUCAUCAUUGGUGGAUACGCCUUGUUCAGGUUGCCUUUGUAUGUCGUCACUAUCGUGGAUGAGACCCACGGUAAAAAUUUAUCACAGGAACUGGUGACGUCAUUUGUUUGGAUGUCUUUUCUGUGUGGCACCAUCAAUCCAACGGCAAUAAUACUGUUUAACAAAACAUUCAAGCGGACGUUUUUUCAAACUGUUGGCAUUUUGUGCAUCAGGUUGUUGGGCAAGAGCAACAAGGAGAACUUCUCUAUAUCCUCGGGUCUGUACAGCAUGCUGGAUGCGACUCUGGUUAUUAACAAAUUGCAGAACAAGUCCUCCAUCCGUCAUAGUGCAACUCUUGAGAGGAUACGACCACAGCCACAGCUACAGCUACAAAACAGACACUUAGUGAUCAAGCGUAGUACGUCGUUUCCAAGUUUUGCUUGAAGUUUUAUAUUCUGAAGACGAAAAUGGUAUAUUUUAAUUUUUAACUUCGUCUCCAACAUUCGCUUCAUGUUCUAUAUUCUGAAGUGUAAACUGGUGUAAUUUUAACCAUGACUUCUCUCCCAGAAUCGUUUCAAGUUCUAUAUUUUAAAGAUGAAACUAGUGUAGUUUAUGCAUGACUUAUUUUAUCUUCAAGAUUCGCUUCAAGUUCUAUAUUCUGAAGAUAAAAACUGGUGUCAUUUUACCAAUAACUUGACUCCAACAUUCGUUUCAUGUUCUAUAUUCUGAAACUGAUGUUGUUUUACCCAUGCCUUAUCUCCAAGAUUCGCUUCAAGUUCUAUAUUCUAAAUAUGAUACUAGUGUAGUUUUACCCAUGACUAGUCUCCAAGAUUCUCUUUUAGAAAAUAAUGGAAAGGAAAGAAAUGUUUGUUUAUCGACACCUCAGGAUAAAUUAAACUAUGGCUAUCUUGGUGUCUAACAUAUGGUUAUUUCAGCAUUUGGGAGAGACAUGACUGUUAAUGAAUAAAGGUGUCAAUAAGAAAUAAAGCUGCGAAUGAGAUAUUCAGAUAUGGCAGAUAAGGAAUGAAUCUGUCAAUAAAUGUGAAGAUCUCACUGCUAAAGAAUACAAAUAGUGUCAAUAACGUGUAUAGAUGUAACUGUCAAGGAAAAUUACACAGCUGAAGAUUGACUGUCAAAUACAAUUUACAGAUGUGACUGUUAAGGAAUACAGUAGUGUCAAUAAAAUGUGCAGAUGUGACUGUUAAAGAAU